UUGCCGCUCCAGUUAGGUUUCUGGUAGCGCAUCGCUGCAAGCAACUCCGGGCCGUAGCUGACUGAUUAACAAGUAUCAAAACCGUGUUCGUUGGUGAAAAUGUAUUUUCGUGGGUUGAAAAUUUUGACGGUAUUCCUAUUGGCGAUACAAGGAAUAAUGGCUCAGGGAGAUCAAGCCGAGUACGUCAUCGACAUUGAGGACUUCUUCCAGGAUUGCGACAACGGUAAACCCUUUCCGGCCAUCAAGCUGGACAAUUAUGAAUCGUUGCAAGAUGAUGAAGGCAAUUCUUUGAUGAACGGGCAACUGAAGUUCGAAGAUGAGUAUAAUGAUCCGAUUGAGAUGAAGAUAUAUUCCACUCGCCAGAAGCAGGGUUCCUGGGUGGACGGGGAAAUAUCUCGCGAUGUUAUGAACGUCUGUCCACUGAUAAUGAGCUCCUCGGAACCAUGGUACAGCAUAACAUCCGCAAUGAAGCAACAGGACUGCCCCUAUCCCGCCGGACAUACCGAAUCCUUUGAACUACUACCACUGGGUGAUUUAGGCUUUGGAUCAAUCCCGGAGUCAUUUGCCGGUAGCUGGAGGCUGUACGUAGAAACUACCACCGAGAGAAGCGGUGAGAAGGUGACCGAAUGCUUCCGAGUUGCAUUCAACAUUGUCGAAAAGUAGUGGAUGAGGAUACGUUUUCUCACUAUUUUGUCAACGGUUUUGGCAACGAGAAAAUCAACUGAA